UGGGCAAAAAAGACAACUUGUUUCAUUAUAUUCUUGUUUUAAAAAAUCAAAUCUUUUCUUCUUCUACCAUCUCCACAAACUCCAAUAUCUCUAGUUCAAGAAUAAAUAAAACCCACAAAACUAAACUAAAACUACAGAAAAAUAAUAAGAAGAAGAAGAAGAAGAAGAAGAGGCAUGAAUGGUGAAGAAAGCUUCGUUGAAGAUUGCUCUGAGUUUGUUGAACUUGAUCCUUCUGGAAGAUAUGGAAGAGUAUGAUUCUUUUUUUUUUUUGUAACACGAAGAUACGACGAAGUACUUGGCAAAGGUGCUUCGAAGACAGUGUAAUCACAUUCAUCUUCUCUCUCUGUCUUCCUCUCUAGUAUAGAGCGUUUGAUGAGUACGAAGGUAUAGAAGUGGCAUGGAACCAAGUAAAGCUUAGGAACUUCACUAGGAAUCCUGAGGAACUAGAGAAAUUCUUUAGAGAGAUUCAUCUGCUCAAGACUUUGAAUCAUCAAAACAUCAUGAAGUUCUACACUUCUUGGGUUGAUACCAACAACUUGUCAAUCAACUUUGUCACUGAACUCUUCACCUCUGGUACUCUCAGACAGUAUAGGUUGAGACAUAGAAGAGUGAAUAUAAAAGCAGUGAAGCAAUGGUGCAAACAGAUUCUAAAAGGGCUUCUCUAUCUUCAUAGCUGUUCUCCUCCAAUCAUCCAUAGAGAUCUCAAAUGUGACAACAUCUUUAUCAAUGGUAACCAAGGUGAAGUCAAGAUAGGUGACCUUGGCCUCGCUGCCAUUCUUCGUAAAUCACAUGCCGUUCGCUGUGUUGGAACCCCUGAGUUCAUGGCUCCUGAAGUGUAUGAUGAGGAAUACAAUGAGCUGGUUGAUGUAUAUGCUUUCGGAAUGUGCGUGCUAGAGAUGGUCACAUUUGAUUACCCUUACAGUGAAUGCACUCACCCUGCUCAAAUCUACAAAAAAGUUACCUCGGGGAAAAAGCCUGAAGCCUUUUACCUAGUAAAGGACCCUGAGGUACGCGAGUUUGUUGAGAAGUGUUUAGCUACUGUGACGUCUAGACACACUGCAUUGGAGCUUUUACAAGACACUUUCCUACGAGAUGAUGUGGAUGAGUUUGACAUGAGACCUACUGAUUACUACAACGGUUACGAUGAAACUGGUGUGUUCCUUAGACAGCCUCUCAUCGAUCCUCCUCUUUACCAAGAUGAUCAGAUAUGUGAGAUCGAUCUUUUCGCUCAAGAUGAUGAGGAAGAUCCAGACCAUGUUGAUAUUUCGAUUAAAGGGAAGAGAAACGGUAGUGAUGGGAUCUUCUUGAGGCUAAGAAUCUCUGACGCAGAAGGAAGGAUAAGGAACAUUUACUUCCCUUUUGAGACAGAGACUGACACAGCGUGGAGUGUAGCAGAAGAGAUGGUGUCUGAACUCGACAUAACGAAUCAAGAUGUCGAGAAAAUCGCGGAGAUGAUCGAUGCGGAGAUAGCUGCAUUGGUUCCUGGUUGGAAGAAGGUUAAUAACAACAGGAACAAGGGAGGAGAGAAGUCGCACCAUAACCAUCAUCAGUUGGAAUGUUCAGAGGACAGAAGCUGUUCUUCGGUUCACGGAAGGUUCGAGGAGAUAAGUUACCAAGUGGAAGGACAACAAGAACAAGACGGAAGUGGUGAUGUUGUUGUCUCUGGAGAAGGUAAUAAGAAUAACAGGAUUCAUUACGCGGAUAUUUGGGGUCUGAGAGACUCACGUUCUGAUGGUGGAGAAGAAGAAGAGAGCUCGUUGAAGGUGGUGGAAGGAGAGUGGGUGUCGGAGAACGAGAUAAGGAGAAAGUUGAGAUGGCUUAAGGCAAGGCAUAAGAGGGUUAGAGAUCAUCAAACGAUCUGUGAGAAACAACCAGCGGAGAUGGGAAGUUCAGGUUCACUGCCUCUUCUUUAUAGGGCGGUCUCACUUCCCGUUGACGCCGUGGAUAUAUGAGAUUUACAACACUUCUAAAUUUUGUUAUUAAUCUUUCGUUACAACCAAGAAGAGUCUAUAAACUUGUUUCAGAAAAUGGUAACUAAAACCGGUUCGAUAAAUCAUAAUAAAUAAAACCGGUUCGAUAAAUCAUAAUAAAUAAAACCGGUUAAAUGAUUUGUCUAAAAACCGGAUCAAUUUUAUGUUUUCUUCCUCGCU